GUUGCAGCACCAGCAACAACACAUGAAGUUAUUGGGUGGUAGCGAUGAUCGUAAUGGGCGCGGCGAUCAAAGCAUACCGCGCGUGCAGGAAGAGGCGGGUGGGGGCUUCAUUUUUCAACCGUCUGGCACAUCUAUGCAUGACAUGGCGGCUGCCGAAUAUGCAGCACAAUUCGCUCAAAAACGCUGGGCUUGCGGUGAUGAGCAUCCAAUUGAUAAUCCGGACAAAUGGAAAUAUAAUCCGCCACCACCAAUGAAUCCGGGCAAUGCCACACCCGGUGGGCCACCUGGCAGCGGUCCGGGCACUAUCGGCCCCAUUGGCAUGAGUGCAGGUAUCGGCAGCAUCGGAACGAAUGGUGGUCUACAUCCCUCGCUUAGUGGACCCUCCCAAAUGGGCGUUGGACAAAUGGGCGUAGGCGGUAGUAGCGCAGCCGCAGCCGCUGCCGGCAUGGCUGCCAUGCACACAGCUGCUGUGGUGAAGCAUAAUCAUAUGAUGUCGCAGGUGGUUGCCGCCCAGCAACAACAUCAACAACAGCAGCAGCAGCAACAACAGCAACCGCCACAUCCGGCACAUCAACAGCCAGGACCACAACAGCAGCAACAACAACAGCAGCAGCAGCAACAACAAACGCAACAACAUGGCGGCGGCGGAGGUGGUCAACAGAUGACACUUUCACACUCACAGCAGCAGCAGCAACAACAUCAACAGCAACAACAACAACAACAGCAGCAGCAGCAACAGCAACAUGGGCCGCCACACCCUUCCCAAAUGGGAUCACAUCAGCAAUUCGGCUCGAAUUUACUCAAUCAUGCCAUGAAUAAUCCAGCAGCUGCCGCAGCGGCUGCCGCCAUUGCUGCUAGCAUGCAACCAACUCAUAUGCAGAUACCAACCGCUAUGCAAGCAGGCAAUUGCAAUAUGUAUGAUCACCCUGGCGUACAUCCUGGAGUUGGCAUGAACGGUGUGCCCAAGCCACCUGGUCCACCGGGACCACCUGGCGGACCCGGCGAGUUAGUGUAUUUCGGUGGUCAGCCACCAAAUGCAGCUGCAGCUGCUGCUGCCGCCGCCAUGGGCAUGUUGCCGCAAAAUCACUUCAUGAAUAAUGCUGCCGCGGCAGCUGCAGCCGCAAAUCGUAAUGCAGCAGCGAUCACCACAUCCACUGCCAAAAAGCUAUGGGAGAAAUCCGAUGGCAAAGGUACCACUUCGGGUGGCGUAACCGGUGGCCCGCUAAAUCCGCUGCAUAUACCCGGCGUCGGCGAUCAUCCAGUUUGGAAAGACUCGACAUGGUCUACACAAGGAGAAAAUAUUCUGGCACCACCGCGCCCGCGCACCUUUCCACAAACACCAGAUUCGAAUACGAGCACCAAUGCGGGCAUAUUGAGCCCUCGUGAUGCCACCAGCGGUUUGGGUGUAAAAAUGGUCGAAUAUGUUUUGGGUGGCUCACCAACUAACAAGGAGAGUCCACUCUCCAGCCUGGAGCCGCGUUUGCGAAGUCUGAAAUUUGAUGACAAUGACAAGUCACACGACGAAAAGGAAAAGGCCAAUUCUCCGUUUGACACAAACGGCCUAAAGAAAGACGACCAAGUAACAAAUACUAAUGGCGUUGUCAAUGGCAUUGAUGACGAAAAAGGAUUUAAUCGCACACCCGGCUCCCGUCAGCCCUCACCAGCUGAAGAAACGCUGCCACGCCCACCCACAUUACUCGAUCCCACUCAGCAUGGUGGCUUCCCGACGCAUCCAUUCAAUCACAUGCUCAACUCUAUGGAUCACCAAGGUGGACCGGGCAAUCAAAUGAAUUCGUAUCCGCCACAUCAAAUGCAGAUGGGCCAACUACAACCGCCCGUGAUGAACGGCGUCGGUGGAAUGCAAAUGGCACAGAGCCCCAUGAUGAACCAUCAGAAUCAAGGACCAAACCAAAUCGAAUCUCCUGGAAAUUUAUUGCAGCAGCAGCAACCAAGUUUUGAUGUACAGGUAAGUCUCUGCUAUGAUAUCGUGCUAAGCAUAUUAAGUUAUGAAUAACGGUAUGUACACAUA